GUUGCUUCUGCCGCUCGUUAGCCCCGGCCACCGGCCGACCCGGGUUCCGUCUAUUUGCUGAAAUAGACGGAACGUCAUUUCACGGAAGUCACGCUAGUAUUGCCCUGGUUAGUAAAUAACACUCACACGCCACGGGCUUGUGCUGUGCUGUGUGUCACGCAGCUGUGUUGAACAUUUGUCAGCAUCGAUGGGUCGUGAGUUGUCCAGCUGUUAGUCCGAGCCUCGGCCUACGUCAAAGCCAUAGUAUGCAGAGACAUUACACGAUUGUUUGGGUAUUAACGCCGCCUGUAGCACGCAAGAUGUCAAACUGAUGACUGGAGGAAACCAACGUGAGCUUGCACGCCAGAAGAAUGCCAAAAAGCAGACUGAACACGGUAAAGGGAAGAGGGGCGACGAUGGGCUGUCUGCUGCUGCACGAAAGCAGAGGGAUGCCGAGAUAAUGCAACAGAAGCAGAAAAAGGCGGAUGAAGCUGGGAAAGGAAGCACAAAGUCCAAGUAAAGAAUGAAGUUGGAGACUAAUUCAACUCAAUGUUUCAACAACAUCCCAUGUUCAGCAUUCUUCCUGAUAUUUAUGAGAAAGGAUCUGUCAUUUUUUUUCUAGACUCACGUAUCUAGGAUCCCACAUUCUUCCCUAUUGCAAAUGACAUUGCUUGUUGGAUUCGUUAUUUUACUCGGUGAAAUUAUGUCUGAGCAAGUUAGCGGUUGUCCCAGGUGGGUGCUGCAUGCAGAAGAGCAUCAGUGGUGUAAGCAGCAGGACAAAUAUGAACAAUUCUUUACACAAAGCAUCUACGUAACAGUUGUGUAUUUUUGUACAAAAAUGUCCCCUUCUGGUUUCAAAUAAAGUGUAUCUUUUUAGUUCA